AUGGCGGGCACAAGGAACUAUGACUUUCUAAUCAAGCUGCUGCUCAUCGGAGAUUCUGGGGUGGGUAAAUCGUGCUGCCUUCUCCGUUUCAGUGAGGACUCGUUCACACCAUCCUUCAUCACCACGAUCGGUAUCGACUUCAAAAUCCGCACAAUCGAACUAGAUGGCAAGCGUGUGAAGCUACAAAUAUGGGAUACAGCCGGACAGGAGCGAUUCAGGACAAUCACCACCGCCUACUAUCGAGGCGCAAUGGGAAUUCUCCUGGUUUAUGAUGUCACAGACGAACGGUCUUUCAACAACAUUAGAACCUGGUUCUCCAACGUCGAGCAACACGCCAGCGAAGGAGUGCAUAAGAUCCUCAUCGGUAACAAAUGCGAUUGGGAAGAGAAGCGCGCGGUAUCGACCGAACAAGGACAGAAACUGGCCGACGAACUCGGCAUUCCUUUCCUGGAGGUCUCCGCCAAGAACAAUAUCAACGUCGAUAAAGCAUUUUACAGCCUCGCUUCGGAGAUCAAGAAAGUCAUGGACAGCACAAAGUCGGAGCAAGCAGGCGGCCAAGGCGUCAACAUAGACCAGAAUAAUGCCGGGUCAAACGGCAAUCUUGGUGGAAAGUGCUGUUAA